AUGGAGCGUUCUAAUCUUAAUUCAGAUUUAAUCUUUGAGAUUUUAACUAGAACAUCAUUAAAAGGUUUGGAUCGGUGCAAAUCGGUUUGUAAAGGAUGGAAGAAUUUGACGUACGAGUCAACUUUCACCCCUCUUCAUUGUGAAAGGACGGGUACUAUUUUGGGCUACUUUGUUCAAGAUUUGGUACACAACAAGUAUUUCUCAAAAUUCGCAUCGAUGGAUCGGUCAAAGGAAUUAGGUCAAAAUCUCUCCCUGGAUUUUUUACCACAUCCGAUGAAGGUUGAGGCAUCAUCAAAUCAAGGAAUUUUAUGUUGUGUGUACCAUGAUUACAGAAAUUAUCGAUUCUAUGUUUGCAAACCUAGUACUAGGCAAUGGCAAAAGCUACCAAAUCCCAAAACAAGGUACAUGACGGUUCAAGUUGCGAUUGUGGUGAUACGGUCUAACCCAUUGCAUUACAAGAUUGUUCGAUUGUCAAACCCCAAACACAUGCUAAAGUACUACUACAAUUAUCACUGCGAAAUCUUCGACUCAGAUCUAUGGGCAUGGAGAAAAUUGAAUGAUGUAUUGCUGCCACCCCGCGUGAUCUUCAUCAACCAGCCCACCGUUGUUGCAAGCGGAGCAAUCCAUUGGCUCACAAGCAACGAUCAAGUAUUCGCAUUCGACAUAAAUUCAGAGACUUACUCCACAUUUCCAUUGCCAGAACCAAUAAUAACUGAAGAAGAUGAAUUUCACUACAGAGACAAGCAACUUACAGUGUACAAAGGCCGGCUCGCCUUCAUCUACAGAGAACCAGAUGGGUAUUUGGUUUUAUGGGAGAUGGACACGAAUCGCGUUUGGCAAAAGAUAAACACUCUGAACAUUGAACCGGUUGAAGAGAAAGAACCUUACCCUUCUUAUGCUGCUUUCUACAAUGCAGAUAUUGCAGUCAUGAAAGGUUUUCGCAACAUAAUGUUUUACAAGUUUCAGAACUGUGGUUCGGGCGAUGUGAAGCUGCAUGACUUGAAGAUGGUUCCUCGUGACAUUUUUGUGUUUCGAUCUGAUUUGGAACCAACUGAAUUGAAAUGUGGAAGCUGA